CUGGAGAUGGAGUGAAGACAUGCCUUGAUAUUGAUGAAUGCUCUGAAGGGACAGACAACUGCACUGGUCUACAUGUCUCUGGAUGUUCUAACCUGCCAGGAAGUUUCACAUGUACUUGUAAACAUAGCCUUGUAUGGAACUCAGUAUUGGCAGAAUGUAUAGAUUCUUUUUUUAACAGUUCUACAAUAGAUCCAUUCUCAACAAAUGAAAGUGACCAUAUAGCAAAGAGUGAAACAUCAACAAAAAGUGAAAUUGAACUGAAUAGUGAUGGAAUGACUGAUGGUGUGACUGCAACACUGACAUUGGUCAACUCAACAUCACACCCUCCUAUACAAGAGAAUACCAGUAACAGGAAUAUAAGCAAACAAUGCAUGGAAGAUAUGACAUGUAUCGCUAUCGUCGUAUCUGUAAUCAUUCUCCUACUUCUAGCUUCAGUAAUCAUUAUCUGCUUAGGGGUCUGUUUUUACAAACACAAACAUACACAAAACCUGAGGAACCCUUGGACUGACAACAAUAAAAUCACAAAUGAACGUUAUAUCAUGACAUCAUCAUCUCUUAAAAAUGGAAGUGCAUCCACAAUAAGUAGGACAGGCAGAGAACGUAUUGUGAUGUCUAGUCCGAGAAAAGAUGCAUAUAAACAUGUUGCAUCCAGUAGCAGCAGUAGUAGCUCAUGUAGUGCUGAUUAUUUGUACUCAAAUGGCUUCCAAUGGCAAAAUGUGAACACUCCCCAUCUUAAAGUGAAUGAUAAUGACAGAGAGGUUGUAAAAUGAAAUUCCGAUCCAACAUGGAGGUUUAAAGACCUAUAAGAGAUUUCAUUCUUGAGACUUAAGCCUCAGUCACAUUUGCUCUACAGAGACCAUACAGCAGCCAUAGCUUUAAAAAUCGAUUCAUAGAAAAUCUACAUCGAACUGCUUAUCCCUAUAUUUUAUGCAGCAUAUAUCUCUUGAUUUUGGGAAGCUACAGCCACCAUAUGGUUGCAAUAGAUCAAAUGUGACUG